AGAGCCUCUGUUAUUCAGUGGCGCUUCACUGCCAGACAGCACUCAGCCAUCUACCACUACACUAACACACACUCGCGCUCACUACACAAGACCCAAAAACGCAUCACUGCUUCAGAGAUUCCUCCUCAGAGAGCCUAAAAAUAAGAAGAAAAUAACAAGCCAGCUCUGAGGAGGUUUGGUCGAGGCGGGAGAGGGCAACUGAAGAAUGGAAUGGAACCUCAGAAGAAUGGAAAGUGAACUGAGACACAUCAACCCGGACCUGCUCCAGCCCAGCAAGAGCUUCAAGAAGCCCUCGUCAGGCACUAUCACCCUAAAUGUAGGGGGCUUCCUGUAUACCGCUCACCGGACCACUCUUGCCAAGCACCAGGGUUCUUUCCUGGAAGAGUUGGCCAAUGGUAAGAAACCUGUCCAGCAUAUGGAUUCAAUGGGCAACCCAUUUAUCGAUAGAGAUGGUCCAGUUUUUCGACAUGUGCUCAACUACCUCCGAACUGGAGAGCUUCAAUUACCGGACGAUUUCCGAGAGGCAGGGCUCCUUCGAAAAGAGGCAGAUUUUUACCGCCUUGUUGAACUUGUAGAAGCCGUGGCCGAGUGGGAAAGUCAGAGGGCAGCCCAGCGGGAGCCUGCAUUUUUGGAGAUGACAGACAGCCAUGAGAGGUCCCAAGGGCUCAAGGUGUACUGCAGUGAUGCCACAUUCCUCGACAAGGUAAAAAGUCGGCUGGUGCAGAUCUCCAAAAGCCGCUUGGAUGGCUUUCCGGAAGAAUUUGAGGUGUCGUCCAACGUGAUCCAGUUCAGGCAUUUCAUCAAGUCGGAGCCCGGCUCACGGCUGGUGCUGAAGGAGGACAGCACAUUCCUGUGUACACUUGACUGCCUGAAACUAGAGACGGUGAUGCUCGCCCUGAGAUCCGGCUUCAAGCUGGUCACCAGCCUCGACAGCAGCAAAGGCUCCGUUGUGGCGGCUGAAGCCCUGCAUUUUGUCAAGUAAGCUGGAGAGACGGGAGAAAGAGAGGUGCGAGGGCAAAAGGAAAAAAGGAGCAGUGCCUGAUUUCAUAUCCACCAUUCCAACAUUUGAUAUUGGCUUGAGGGCCUCGUAGUGUGUGCUGAGCUGUGAUUUGUCAUAGUGGAAAAAGAAAAGAACAGGCCAAAUGUGCUUUCUUGUGGUGUUUAUGUAAUUAUUGCACAAUGCUGGCUCACAAUCAGAGCAUUUAAUUAGUCUGGGGGGGAUUGUAGUUCCAUUAGCUACUGGGAGUCUAUUUUGAUAAUCAUUUUGCACUGCCAGUACUGUUGCAUUUCAGUGAUCCAGGCCAGUUUGACUUCCCAAAAUUUGGCUGACUAUUAGGUGGUGAAAGAUUCACACCCCUAACAAUUUGAACCGAUCCAAAUUCCUGCGGUGGCGAUUCAAUUCAGAAUCGAUUCAACACAAUUCUCGAUUCAAAUCCAUCCAUACAUUUCCUACCGCUUGUCCCUCUCGGGGUCGCAGGAGCCUAUCCCAACUGCAUCAAUUCUCGAAAUGUAUUUGGUAUAAAAAUUGUAAUGAAACUUU